AUGCGUGCCGAGGUUCUUCUUGCUCUCUUGCCCGCGCUCGGCGCCCACGGCAUCCGCAUCAUCCAGUCUAACGAUGAUGGCUGGGCUGAGCAGUAUGUUCGGUCGUUCCACAAUGCCCUGAUCGCCUCGGGCCACGACACCGUCCUGUCCGCCCCUGCCGAGAACAAAUCGGGAACGAGUUCGCUCGAUGCCGAGCCUGCCCCUAGGGACUCGCCAUGCCAAUAUGACAGCUGCCCUGCCGGCAGCGGCCCCAUUGGACGCGACGAGACCUCGCCGCGCCUGAACUGGGUCAACUCCUUCCCCGUCACAUCCAUGCGGUACGGCAUCGACACCACCGGCCCGCAGUUCUGGAACGGCGAAGCCCCUGAGCUAGCCGUCUCGGGCCCCAACGUUGGCAGCAACCUGUACCUGGCCGUUCGUUUCUCCGGCACCGUCGGCUCCGCCGUGUACGCGGCCAAGGACGCAAAGAUCCCCGCUCUGGCCUUCUCCGGCGCGUCUGACGGCACCCUGUCAUACGCCAGCCCGGAGGAGCAGCGUAGCAAGGUGUACGCCGAGCUGGCCACCACGCUCACCAACGCCGUCAUCGCCAGCGGCAAGCCGUACCUCCCGGAGGAUGUCUUCCUCAAUGUGAACUUCCCCAAGGCCGAAGGGCAGUGCACCGAAGCGAGCCAGUUCAAGUGGGUGUUGAGCCGGAUCAACGUCGGCCUGUUCUCAUCUCCCGAUACCGAGCAGUGUGGAGGGACGCGGUUGCCCACCGAGACCUCUGUUGUGGACACGGAUGGGUGCUACAUUUCGGUCAGCGUGGGCGAUGCCAACGACAAGACGACCGCUUCGGCCGAGAAGCAGGCGGUGGUCCUGAAGAAGCUUGAGAGCCUGUUGACGUGCUUGCCUUGA